AUGCUUACAGGCACAACUUUUGGCACAUCGACACCAACAACAGUUCAACAAAAAGAUUUUGAACUUGCUUAUCCGCCAGAAGAUUCAAUAUCAUGUAUGAAAUUUUCACCAUCCACAAUUCCACAAACAUAUUUAAUCGCUAGUAGUUGGGCAAAUGAUAUCAGGUGUUGGGAAUUACAACAAAACGGACAAUCUGUUCCAAAAGCCAUGCAAAAACAUGAUGCUCCCAUUCUUAGUUGUUGUUGGUCGGAUGAUGGCUCAAAAGUAUUCACAGCUAGUUGUGAUCGAACAGCAAAGAUGUGGGAUUUACAAUCCAACUCAUUUACACAAAUAGCACAACAUGAUCAACCAAUUCGUACAAUUCAUUACAUACAACGACCAACGUACAAUUGUGUUAUGACCGGCAGUUGGGAUAAAACAGUUCGAUUUUGGGAUACAAGACAGUCAACACCAUUAAAACAGAUUCAGUUAAAUGAACGUGUUUAUGCCGCUGAUGUAUUUGGACCAAUGGCUGUUAUUACCACAGCCGAUCGUAGUAUUCAUGUCUACAGCUUGGAUAAUCAACCAACAGAAUAUAAAAAAAUUGAAACCUUAUUAAAGUAUCAACAUCGUUGUGUAUCAAUAUUUACGGAUAAAAAUCGUAAUCCAAAUGGGUUUGCCAUCGGUAGUAUUGAAGGACGUGUAGCAAUUAUGUACGUUGAUACAACUAAUCCAAAUGAUAAUUUUACAUUCAAAUGUCAUCGUUCAAAUCCAUCAACCAACAAUGUACAAGAUAUUUAUGCUGUUAAUGAUAUUGCAUUCCAUCCUAUUCAUGGUACAUUAGCUACAGUUGGAUCCGAUGGAAAAUAUAGUUUUUGGGAUAAAGAUGAUCGUACAAAAUUGAAAACAUCAGAUACAAUUAAUGAUCAAUCGAUUACAUGUUGUGCAUUUGAUUCAAGAGGACAAGUGUUUGCUUAUGCGAGCAGUUAUGAUUGGCAUAAAGGACAUGAAGGAAACAGCCAACAAAAGAAAAAUAUGAUCUAUUUUCGAUCAUGUUUUGAUGAAAUGAAACCAAAACCAAAAAAGACUUAG